UUUUUGUAUGAAUUUAAUUCUUCAGACACGAUAAAAUUGUGUAUAUUUUAGAACCAGUACAUUUUAAAAAUUAACCUCCUGAAAUAUUUACUAUAUACAUAACCUCCCACGCUUUCAUUCUAUAGCAUAGAUAAUUGAACGCUAAAGGAAAGACUGAAAUUGGCGCGCAAACGACAUCUCUCCUUGGCGGUAAUAGAGGACGCUGUGAUCAAUAUCACUGUCAUUACAGUUUUGUCCGUCUUAAAGUUCUCUGUGGACUAAAAGCUCGGCUAAAUAAGAAUAAUUUAAAACCAUGCGUGCGUUUAACCAAAGUUAUGAAUUGAACGUUCUGAACAAUCAAACAAUCAUGUUGUAUGCAGUGAACAUUUGAUGAAUUGUUAGUACGAACAUCACAUAUUUAAUGCAAAGCACGCAAAAUUAUAAAAUUGUGAAAAUUAUUUCUAACGAGUAAAAUAUGGGUAUCACGAAACAAUAUUUAAGAUAUGUUCCAGCCGGAAAUUUAAAUUUAAUUGUUAGUUCUACUUGUAACAUUGUUUUUGUAACAUUGGAAGGACAGGAAGGUCGGUUUGUAGCAGUUGGAGCAUGUGAACAUGUUUUUAUAUGGGACUUAAGAUUAGGAGAAAAGAGUCAAAUAUUGUCAGGAGAUAAAGUAAAUGUAACAUGUUUAGCUGCAUCUCCAAAUCAAAGGCAUAUAGCAGUUGGCUAUGCAGAUGGUACUAUAAAAACAUUUGAUUUAAGAUCAGGUGAAAAUAUAAGCAUAUUUGUUGGUCACCGGUCUGAGAUUACAACUUUGGCAUAUGACAAGCAAGGACACAGAUUAGCUUCUGGUUCAAAAGACACAGAUAUUAUCAUUUGGGAUGUGGUAGCAGAAACAGGAGUGUGUAGAUUAACUGGACAUAAACAUGUAAUAACUAAAUUAGCAUUUAUGAAAGAUCACAACAUUAUCAUCAGUGCUAGUAAGGAUACUUUCGUAAAAUUUUGGGAUUUAGAUACAGAACAUAAUUUCAAAACCCUUGUUAAUCAUAAAACAGAGGUUUGGUCUUUGGUAUUAGCUAAAAAUGAUCAAUAUUUAAUCACUGGUUGUAAUGAUAGUGAAUUACAAGUAUGGAAAAUAUAUUUUACUGAAGCUGUAGGUACAGACUUUGAAACUAAUUUACAAGAUUUGACCAUUGCUGAUGGUAGUGAAGUUAGUGAUCUGAAAUAUCCUCUAAAAUGUGAAAAAACUGGCAGCAUUUUAAGAAGCGGCCGUGGACGAGUCGUGUCUCUUGAAGUUGAUACAACGCAAACAGUCAUCGGAUGUCACGGUAUAGAUAAUACUGUUGAAUUAUUUCACUUGCUACCUGAUACUAAAGUAAAGGAAAAUGUAAUUAAAAGAUUACGAAAAGAAAGGAAAAAAUUAGCAAAAACUGGAAAUAGUAUUGAAGCGGAUUUAGUAUAUAUACCAACAAUAAAAGAUGAAAUUACACGUUUACCGCCACUUAAAGCAUCUGCAAAAGUUAAAGGGAUAAAUAUGAUAAUGGGUAGAGGUGGCGAGCUCAGAAUAUGUGUUGGAUUAAAUAAUAAUUCUCUUGACUUAUAUUCUAUACUGACACAAGACAAAAAUCCUGAAGUGAAUCAGUUGAGAACUAUAGUGAAACACGGUCACCGUUCAGAUGUUCGUGCAGUCUGUUUUAGCUCUGAUAAUUUAGCUUUUGCAACAGCAAGUGGAGAUUCUGUGAAAUUAUGGAAUAGGUCAACUUUAGCAUGUAUACGUACUGUGGAAUGCGGUUAUGCGUUAACUGCAACAUUCGUACCAGGAGACAGACAUUUAAUAGUAGGUUUAAAGGAUGGUAAAAUGUUAAUUAUUGAUAUUGUAUCAGGUGAGGUGUUGGAAGAAAUACCGGCACAUUCUAAAGAACUUUGGAGUGUUACACUAUUUCCCGAUAGGAUAGGAGUGGCAACUGGUGGGGGAGAUCAAACAGUAAAAUUUUGGAAAUUUGUCCAAAUUCCUAAGACUGAUGCUGAAAAUUCUCAAAGUGAAAUGAAAGCCAAAGUAUUAUCUGUUUUGCACAUGAAAACUUUAAAAUUAGAAGAUAGUGUGUUAUGUAUAAGAAUAAGUCCUAACAAUCAAUUCAUCGCAGUUGCAUUACUUGAUUCUACUGUAAAAAUUUUUUUCCUUGAUACAUUUAAGUUCUUCAUUUCACUUUAUGGACAUAAAUUGCCAGUGUUAUCUAUGGACAUAUCUAGUGACUCGUCACUUAUUGUUACUGGUUCUGCAGACAGGAAUAUUAAAAUUUGGGGUUUAGAUUACGGAGAUUGUCAUAAAUCGUUAUUUGCUCAUGACGAUUCUAUAAUGGGAUUAUCCUUUGUCCCUGGAACUCAUUAUGUUUUCACAUGUGGAAAAGAUGGGAAAGUAAAGCAGUGGGAUGUUGACAUUUUUAAAAAAAUUGUGACCUUACAGGGACAUUCAGGAGAAGCAUGGGGUUGUGCCGUUUCACCAAAUGGUAUUUAUGUCGUCUCGUGUGGUUCCGAUAGGGUCAUUAGGAUGUACGAACGAACUUCAGAGCCCUUAGUUUUGCAAGAUGAAGAAGAAGAAGAGAGGGAACGUCAAGAAAAUGAAUUAGCUACUGGUGAAAUUACUGUCGCUCCUGGUCAAAAGCAACAAUCUUUACCAUCUAGAAAAACUGUCUCCAGUGAAAAGGCGGCUGAAUUAAUAUUGGAAUGUUUGGAAAUAUCGAAAACGUAUAUUGAACAAUUGAAGGAAUCUGAUUCAAAGACAGCAUCCGCACUUCCUUUACAAAUGCAAGCUUAUAAUUGUACAACUGUAGAGGAUUACUUACUGGAAACAAUUAAGCGCGUUAGAGCAAGUGAAUUAGACGAAACAUUGAUGUUACUGCCAUAUUCAGCUGCUUGUGAUAUCCUUAAAAUGCUACCAAAAUUAUUGCAAUCAGAUUAUCAUACAGAAUUAAUAGCAAGAUUAGCAUUGUCUUUAAUACAAACGCAUCAUGGCCCAAUUACAGCUAAUCUAGAACUCUUACAGACGUUAGAGACUGUGAAAACAUUAUCUAUUAAAAAAGUUUCUGCGCUAAGAGAUAUGAUGGGAUUUAAUUUACACGGAAUGAUGCAUAUUCAACAUGUUAUAGAAGAAAAGGAAGGGAUUCAAUUGUUUAAAGAUGCAACUAAAAGCAGCAGGCAUAGGAGGAAGGUCAAGAAGAAUAAGGAAAAGGCAGUGAAAAGAGCUAUAAUGUCUAUAUAAGAUUUGUAUCUAAUAAUUAUAAAAAUAUAUUAUAAUA